AUGCAUUCAGACAAUAUAUUCUUUCGAAUUCUGACACAAAAUUUCGGGAUCACACUCAAUGAAGAACAGCGCAGUCUACUUAGAGGAAAAUAUGGCGUUGGUGAUAAGAUUAAUUGGCGAAAAUUUGUUGAUGAAAUAGACAAGACUUUGGACCCAAACAACUUAUCAUUGUCACCCAAACAGCAGCUAAAGCGAAUUCGAUUGUACGUUCAAGGUUCACAUUUGAACUCUUUAGUCACGAAACGGAAUGCUUGCCAAAAAACUUUUCAGGUGUUGCUGAUAUUUUCCGACCAAUCCUUUCGAGAAUUAACCAGCAUAUAACCUAUAAUGGGUACACGAUUCGUCAAUGCUACAAGCAGUUCGACAAUCAAAAUAUUGGGAAAGUUUCCGAAAGCCAGGUUAGCAAAUCUCAAGUCAUUAUGUUUGCCAGUUCUACCGAUCAUUUCCUGGCCCAAAGGACAUAUCUGAAGCUGAGCUCUGUGCACUUGCUAAGCAUUAUUCUGUCCCAAAUGACCCGGGUAUGGUGGACUACCUUAGACUGGAACAGGAUUUGCGAGAUCUUGCGCAAGCGGAGAAAAUAUCGAAAGAAGGUUAUCCACCAAAAGUAAGUUUACACGUUCGACCAUCCGAUUUUUUUGCUUUAUUUGCAACUGCGGCUAUAAAAAAUUUAAUAUGAGAGUUUAGACCCGUCGGUGAGUCGCUGUUAACAAGGCAGAAUAAACCCUCGCAUCAAAAGACCCACGAAUAGCUUGCUGGUUUUCUAAUAAUAUCUGCGCGCAUAUGAAGCAAGAUCGAAGCAUAGAAAUACUUAGCGCAAGUACGGAAUAGUGGUGUGGACGUUUUGGAUAUCUCUGCUGAGAUAGCGAGCAGCUUUAUGUUGCAGACAAAUAAGACGGAACCCUCAAAACUCAUGGCUCCAUUUUAUGAUGGGGACAGGACACGACUGGAUCAAGCACGGCCUUGGCUUAGUCACUUUAAGUACAUGUGUGGCUUAGCUACAAAACUACAUGUUAACCUUCACUAAAUCGGGCCAUCUCGACAUUAACAAGGAAUCAAGGCGUUUUCCAAAUAAGGUUAAUGCGGAAACCUAGAUAAUUCCUUUAGUUUCCGUUUUGCUUCUUAAAAUAGCAUAAAUCUCGCUUACCGAAUUCUUGUACCCACUCAAACUUUGAGCAAUCUUUGAGGUUGCCACGGGGGCUCGCAAUUGGGAUAAAAUGACAGAAACAACCGACGAUUCAGCUUGUCCAUCUAACUGACUGUCUUAUGUUCUUUGAUAAGACCCGCGUGUUGUCACCUCUGUAGCGCGUGAAUGAGGUAGGUAGAAUUGCGAGUCUGGUUCCGAACAAUUUAACUUAAUUUCCAUGGCUUAUACGAGAUAUUGAUCUCACGCCAGAGAUCAUUAUUUGAGGUGUGGUUCAAUAUAUGUUAAAUACAACAUAGGCGUUUUGCUCAGUGAGGCGGUCGGAAAGUCUAAAGGCUAGGAAAAGUCGCCAUCUAGUCCUUUCAACAGUAGGUAGGCUAAACGAGCCAAGCAAGAAUUACUUAAUUAUUAACCGAUUAAGAUCUUUAGGUGGAUUUGGUACCUGACAAAGUACGCCAACUAUUUUUAAGCCUAACCAUGCGUUGUCCAUUGUAAACUGACACUUCGCCGCACUUCCUAGGGAUUUUUUUGACUUAUCCAUUUAGAUUAACAAACCAAAUUUCGGUAAACAUUGGCGUCGUCACAUAUCUGAACUAGCACCUUAAUGUACUCUACAACUUUCAGAGGCUAUCUCUGAUGGCUUAUUAAUGUAGGCCAGAUAGAACGAGAAUCGUUAUACAGACCCCUAUGGGGCACCCUUAAGCGUGCACGACUCAGUCAACAUUGCUACUCGAAAUAACGUUGAAGUUCACACUAUCUGGAAGCUGUUUUACGUAAUCGAUCAUAUAUUAGACAAAGAAAUCCAUGAAGCUUAUUUUUAAGUGCCCAGCGGUUGACCAUAGAGAAGCCACUACUGAAACACACACAGAAGAUUUCAAAAUCUUUUCAAUCAUUCAGCUUUCCACUUGUACUUAUCUUGCAGUGAGAUAAUUUUAAGGCAGGAUCGUCUUUUAAGAACGUUGUGUUGACUUGGAUUACUGGGUUCUUGUCCGUCCGCGAAGCAGCUCAGACGAUCGUGGAUGACUGUAUCUAGAUUUUAUCCAUCAUAAAAUAAAAGUUGACUGUGAGCGAAUUUUCAACCAGCCACCGUGAUGGUUUUUUGGCAGAGUAGAAACUUGAGCUUUGCUCCAGUCAGUGAGGAUGACUGCUUUAUGGCUGGCGUUAGGAUUCGUGCACAAAGUAAUAAUUAAGAUAAAAGCAAGACAUUUAAUGUGGGACGGUGUAAACUAUCUGGUUUUAGGAACAGAUUUGUGUCUGAGCAAAGCAGUUAUUUAUCGAACCUUGUUGGUGCAUCAGCUAGCAACUCUCCUGAGGCUAAAAGUGAUCCUGCUUUUUGAACCAUCUGCCUCUGAUAGUUGAGCAAAUUUCUGAAUGAACAUGAUAGCAUUCUCAUCAACUCGUUUGUGUUAUUGUCAGAUUUGACCAUUUUAUGCCGGAGAUUGAAGGACAUAUUACUUAUCGUUUUUAUGUAUAUGAAGACUUGUGGGUGACUUUUACCCGUAGUAGCAGUGACAGAGUUGCUACACUUAGCAAUUUUACAAUUUAAAGACGGCCGCUCUCGGACUGGAUACCCACCUUGCACAUAUCAGCAACUGUAUUCGGUCUGAUAAGAACCCACUCCAAAGACAGAGAUCCGAUAACUGGAACAAGAAACCCGUUGGCCUGACGUUCCGGAUCCUCUUUCUAACCCGUCACUCAAUCAGUCGUGGAAAAGGGUAUUAUAAGCACAAGGACUGUAUUAGUUAUAUGAUGCAGUAGCCCGGAAACCACGUGCCUACAAUAAUUAGCAGUCCUGUGCUCAGUGCAGAAGAUCAUAUUUGAUGCGACGAUUGCAUGCCGAUCCGUACCUAAGUCGUUAAUGAUCAUUAUUUUGUCGUUAUUGUUGAUCCUUGACAUGACGAUUACUCGACAGUUUGACUCACUGUCAUCGGAAAUUUUGGUCGAUGACGCCCUCUCCGCGUAGCUAGUUAUUUUGUCACGGCAGAAUCGCAACGCAGAAUGUAGAGGCAGUAAGUCGUUGAGCUUGUUACUUGAAUGCGGACCGGAGAACCAUGUCUCAAGCAGCCAGCGGCUUAAGCGAUUUUCACCUCUUGUGAGAAUGUUGACUUCUUCAACCUUAAAGGUCUGGCCGGAUCUCUUUGGCAGCCUACGCUGUUCUUUCGUCCGAAAUCUCUUCAGCCUAAAUCCAGCUAAAUUUGGGAUCAAAGGUAUUGUCAUCAGCAGCCACGGAUAAGGUCACCCAGUUAGCUAACAAAAUAUUAAAAUCUCUAAGAAUUAUGGUUUUUCGGCUGCGCAAUGAAAGCGCGUCGAGAAGUUGCACUUCAUUGUCACUGUACGAGCCCAAACAACGGUUGCCAAGUAAAAAGGAAACCAGAUCGCUGUUUGGGGAAGUCUAAAAGCUUAUUAUUUCUCUGCGUUAGAAAAAUUUCAGGUUCUCGUGUUGGGUGGCCUUUCUCAGAGUGUUAACUGAGCGGUCUUUCUUAAGAAUUGAAUAACUUCUAAUAGCUAUUUUCUAUCCACUUCUGUGCCCAAAUGUGUGUCCACGCACGUUAAAACCUCUCAGUGUUCUGCCAAAUUCUUUCUAAGAUCGCGCAGCUCCACAGACAUACAACUAGAAACGGACUUUUUAAGUUGUAAGAGUUGAUUUGUCGUCAACCACCCGGAAUCGAUCGUUUUUCGAAGACUUGGUCCGGAGUGUGGCGCCGAAGCAUCACCCCGGGAAUAUUCCUUGCAAGCCAUUGAGAGCAAUUCUUGAUACUGCUAAGUUACGUCUGGCUCCAGAUUUUUAGGUGGAAUGACGUUGCUUUUGGCAAACUGUUGCUAGAAUAAGUGCAUUUAUGAACUGUGAGUCUAUGUCAAGUUCGACUAGUGCCGGUGGUCAGUCCCUAUGUUUUUGGUUCGUUCGUGGUUUCUAACCUUGGGAAUCUGGUGUUAGGGCAACUGUUGUGCCCCCUAGUUAACAAGAGAAGCGUCAUGGAGGGAAAUGCGAGUAGACUGAUUCAGAAGUUUUUAGGCUUGUCCUUACAGUCUGCCGAAUGUCUGCACUGCGCGCACGUGUGCGCCUGUGAUUAUGCUUUGGGGAUAAAUGAUAGUCGAGGCUAUACUUGGCUGGAUGAGAACCAAAGUUGCCUGCUUGAAAUUUGCUUGCUUGGGAAAAUCAGUCGAUCGGCGCGUGCUUAGUUCGCAAACAGAUGCAAUUCCGGCGGACUUUUACCAGUACAGUGGUCCACGAGUGAUGGAAAAGCUCGCGUCACCGACUUUGGGAUGAGACGACAAGGACGCGUUCAAGGGACUUCAAGGACGCUGACCUCAUGCACAUCUACAAACAUCGACAUCUAUCCGUCGAGUUGGGAUGGACUGACAACAAAAAGGUUCCAGAAUCGCACGUCGGGGAAGGCAGAUUAAGGAAGACAAGCUUUACUGCGGCUAAAGAGCGCACAAGCGGCUCAUUACGAAUUUGUAAAAAGUCGUCUCACCGAACGUAUGACAGCCCUCGAGCUCUCGCCACUCUGCUGCCACGUCUCGCGCAGCUCAAUCUUAACACGAAGAGCUGGGUGGACUGAAUGGCCGAACGAGUAAACGGUCACGCCGGCGAUCGUAGGGGGCGAACUGCGGCAUAUCUCCUUAAUGUCGUAAAAAAUCUUGGCCCGUAUCCUUCUUAUCCUCCUGAACACGCAUCUGGAGCAAAAACAGCUUCUAGAAAAACGGUGCAGUUUCAGAAUGCACCGCAGACUCUCAUAGGUAACAUUGAUAGCUUGUCAACUGUAGGACAAGUACUGAGAACUGAUCAAAUUCUGCACCACUCCCGUCGAUCUGACGAAGAUCUUUGGCUCGCGAAUUUCGCAUGUCCGAAAGACUGACGGCCUCAGUAUCUAAGACAUGCUGAAGCGGACAAAACUACGAUAUGACAGCCACACGGUACGAAUGCAUGCCAGGUGACUGCGGAAGUUGCUGAAGCUGUUGAAGUUGCUAUAGGGGCUCGCACACCAGGCAGGUUCCUCAAGGACAUUCUGAAGACUUGUCUCGAGUCCCAGGUGUUCCACACUUCGGGGUUGAGUAUGACUGGCCGAGGACGAUUAAUAAGCUAGAAGUGGCCAUUCCAGUCUCCCUUGUCUCUGUCAAUAAUAGCAUCCUACCUCCAAAUCUGCCUGGAGACCUGCGCGGUUCCCGCUGAAGAUGGGUGGGCAUAACACAUUGCCGUAAAGAUUGGGGUGGUCAUAAUCAAAACCAACCAAAUGGUCGGUGUCGUGGCAAAGGGAGAGAUCCGCGAAAUUCAAGUGCUUCGGACCAAUUCCGCAGGCACCCAACCCCUGCCGUAAUGCCCACAUGGUCAACAGAUAUUCCAGCCACGGAUCGGCCUCUUUAGACAUCUACGGGGCCAGUGCAAUGUCAGUACGACAAGCCCGCCUCUCUUCUCACAACAAAUUAUAGCGAAUACCACCUGGGUGGAAGCUCAUAUCGUUCUGCGAGAAGUCACCGCCAAUGCCCUAACCACCAACAAUGUGGACUCACUUUCAGUCUGCCUCCAUUGCAUCCACACACUUUGGGUAUGCACGGAUCUGGUUGAUCCCUUGCGAAUCCAUCGUACGGAGAUCGGUGAAAUGAAGUAUGGAGCCCGAGCAUAAAACAAUCACACACGCCUCAUCCGUCCACGUUGGCCAGGGAUAUUAGGUCAUGGAAUGGAUCUAUUCGACCAUAUAUGCAUAUAUGGCAAGUAGAUUCAACGCCGCACACCACACCCAGUCCACAUCCCACACCCGAAAACUCCUCCAACGCCGGCAAUAUCAAGUAGAUCAUCAACCGUGCUACUACCACUAACAUCGGCGUCGUCGCCACCACCACCACCAGCUCGGUAGCCGCAGCUCCAUCCUGUCCUUACUGGAAUCAUGCGGCUAUGUCACGCAACAGUCUGGUCUGUCACUUCCACUGAGACUGUCUAACUUCUCCCAAGAACCCCAAAAUACAUUUAUAUCUCUCCUGCCUCACCUUCCUCCGCCGCCUCAGGAUUUCCAGUCAUCGAAUGGACCUGCUCAGCCAUAUGCGCCUCCGUAAAUAUCUUCAGUGUAAAACCGCAGUUUGUACCCCACCACUACACCUCUCCCUACCUACCCACACACCUUUCUUGUCUACAUACACAUGAACCUAAUCCACAACACUUGCAUACACGCCCAAUGCAUAACAUACUGCCUAUCUCCUGCAGCGAGCAUGCGAUCGACUUUGAUAUCGCCGUAAAUGUGAACGAAACAUCGCAGGACCUCCCUGCGAUGGUCAACUCCGUUGCUGAAAGUCUCAAAACCGAAAUGUUGUGUAGCACAGACUCGUUCUGUUAAAGCGGUUAAAAAUCAGUGACGAUAGUGCCAGUCAGUUUGAACCUUCAGAAUUCAGCGAGUAAAUGCCUCAAGGAAACGUGACUAGGAUGCUACAAAACACUCAUUUUCAUAUCGUAAAUUUCACUUGAGAGAAUAAACGCGAGGUGAUUUUCACCCAGCAGGGCUGGUUACUUGAAACUCUAAGAGACAUUUUCUCGGUGGAUAGAAACGUCCAGCAUAUUUUGGAAAAACGCGAAUGGAGACGACAUCUUGGUAAUUGGCUCUGUAGAGAUAUCUGCCAAAUUUUAGACAAGAAAGGCCCCAUGUGAAUCGAAGACUUGCGUAAGUUCGUAUCAUCAGGCACCGAUGGUGGAGGUACGUCGUGCGUAUAAACUGGUUUGGACACAGUGGUCCCGAAGGAAUAUCCAUAGUUCACGUCCGAAUCGUUCAUAAAUGAAACAGAAUUGGCUGCGACAGACAGCUCCUAGGAUUUCACUUUUGAAUCGUGGGCUGUAUGACAGUGUUUGGUAGAGAUGAGUGGAGGAAAUGUCGACGUUUUUAGCCAGGGCCGGAUAAAUGUAAUAACUGGUUAAAAAGCAGGGUCCCUCUUUUCGUAGUUGAAAUGAAGUUCAUGAGUGGACAUUUCGCAGUAGAAAACCAUUGCAUGAAUGGCAAAGACCUGGCGAAUUUGUCAUGUUCAACUGCCAGGUUGUCGUAAAUAUCUUCCUCCGGGAAUCACAGAGACGUGCAACCGUCUGACACCUGAAGGAUGGGCUUAUUCAAUGCCGUAUCAACCACAUGUACUUCCGAGUACAUGACUUUAACGGGCAAUUAAGUUACCAGCCAUCCAUAGUGUCGGCGUAGACAUCGACAGUUGUUCUUUUAUUGAGUGAAAUCGCUAUUCAGGCAGCCUACCAGUCGGUAUGCAGUCUGCAAGAAAGUGCGACAUUGACUGUCUCAAGAAUAAAUUCUCGCUCAUGAGCUUCUACCUGGCUAACUGAAAUCGUUUUGACAUACUGGUACGCCAGACAGAACCCUUGAAAGCCACUUCAGUCAAAAGCAACUGAUUCCUGAGACUUGGUUGGACUGUUGACAUGGAAUAGUCCAACAAUUCAUAGGCACCUGCUGCUGAGUGAUGAGGUUCGAUAAUCGAAUCACUAUGGUACGUAUGGCAUUCCGGAGGACGAAGCGCCUAUAUUACCUUCCUAACCCAAUAUGCUGUGGAUAAGCAGAUAGCCGCUCCGACCGCUUCUUAUAUUUGCUGUCUUUGAACUGCCGCCUGCUGUAAGCAUCAUUUGUAAUAUGUCAAAACUUACUAUUCUACAUGCUCUCAGAGGCGAUGUCGGAAUGUUGCUUAAGAGUACCUGGUUCCUAAAUGCGAAUUCAGAAUCCAGAAGCUGUAAAUUCAGACGAGAGUGCUGCCGCCGUGAAUCUGGUUAUCGGGAAUAAAGGGAGGGAAGCGUACAUCAUCUGUCCUGCUACCUGUCAUUCUCAAUUUCUUCACUAGACCCUUGUAUUCGGUUCCCGAAUGACUUCUGGUUUUGGCAUAUCUUAAGAACAGAGAACAGUCAGCGCGGAUUUCAGCAGUGACCCGAUCUUCUGCAUCAGUACUUAUGGUGUAGCCGAAACCCCGAAUACUACCAACGGUCACAUUUCGUUUUUGGUGGAUCUGUCCACUAACGCUGGUCGUUUACAUGGGCUCCUACUGACUGACCACGCUUUAGGACUACAUGCCAGUUAUAGGAGAUCCUAGCCAAUAAAUGAUCAAUGACGCAGGCCUGGAGAUCAUCAUUGAUUGGCUAGUACCCCUUUAACCGUCAGUUGUUACGUUGUUGCUACUAUCUCUGACAAUGGACUCUUGAAAGUAUUCGAAAACUCAGAACAACAAUAUAUUGUUAAGAUGCUCGACUAGUCUUCUUUAUUUGCUGAUCUCUUCAGCGCUUGUUAAUGGACCAAUCCGGCAUCACAGUAGGUUGUGUACUGAGCAUGCGCAAGUCUAAAGACAAACUCUUCGAAGUCAUGUAGGGUAAUAUUACGAUUUCCUCCCAGAGAUGGCUGGCGCGGCAUGGUGGACAAAGAAGCUCUUAAAUUAAUGAUCAGCUACCGUACUUGUUAGUGUUUUUAUGUCAAGUGCCAUUGCAAAUGGUCCUGUUUGGUGGCUUAUCCACAGGGGGGCGAUCUCCAUCCUGGGGUCGUUCAAACGACACUGCAUUCACAGAGAUGAAGGGACACAGGAGGUCGGGUUGGUAUGGAAGUUAAAUUCUGAUGGUUAUUGAGGAUAUCUAGGCCUCAUUUCCAUAAGCUGUUUGCGAAGUAACAAUUUUAUGCAUGGAUCCUUGUGUACCUCGCUAGUGAGCAUCAUUGUUUUAAGCAAAUGUCAACAGAUCUCCAAAGUUGCUCGUGUUCUUUGGAAAGUUCGGAGCUGGAAAUUUGUUCUUCCAAAAAGUAUAUGCAACUUCGUAGAGAUAAAUGGCGUUCAAGUUGCCUUAAAUAUUUGGAUUGGAACCUUACCAGUGUCCAGUCUUCUGGAAUCUGAUUUUCUUCCUUGAGAGAGGUUUUGUAACUAAAAUGUAGACAGGAUGAUAAAAGGACUUGAGGAAAAACUAUAAUGUAUAAUAAAUAGCCGAGGGGGAACUUGUGUGAGUUUGAGACUGAGUUCCUGCUUGCUUUCUUUUGACUACUGCACUCCCUUUUUAGUGUUAUUAAGUAAGUAUAACGAUUUUUUACAGCCCGACGCACCGGACAUUCACAUUAAUACUAAGUCCGAACUACUCGUGCCGUCCGUGCACAUGGUACUGGAGAGAAUCGGCUUCGCUGUCUACACGCGCGGAAUUCGCGUCCUCGACCUCUUCCUCGAUUACGAUCCCCUGCGGCACGACGAAGUCUCUGAACACCAGUUUGCUUGCGUUCUCAACUUGACCCUAAGCGAAGCCGCCCAGCUCUCUCGUUUCGAUAUUCAACAACUGGCAAACUUCUUUCGCUCAAGCAAGAAUCCUGACAAGAUAGCCUACAGGGAGUUUUGCCGCGCAGCUGAUUUUCGUGAGUAUUUUAUAAAAUUCAUCGCGCGAAUGACCAGGAGGCAUAAGGGAGAGUCUGGUUCCCAGCGUGCUUGCAAAGCUUUCUGAUAUUUUCACGCAAACUUAUCCUCUUAUAAAUCCUUAACUAACUUGUUAUUUGGUAGCCAUGCGGUUUGGCCGAGCUGAGAAGAAAAAAGUUCAUUAGCGAUAACGCGCAAAGUAAAUGUGUAAAUUAAUUCCUCUUGUUUACAAUUUCUUCGUGUUUUACAUGAAAAGCCAGAGCGUACUCAGAGCUUUCCGUCUUCUUAAUGCUGUAGCCUUUCACAUUAUGGACCUGGAGAAGAAGCCGUUGUGCAAACCUGAGGCGCCACCCCCUGGGGCCCUUUCGCGCGUAAGGCAUUUCGCAAUGGAUUCAUUCUCUAAAGUUAAAAGUUUUUUUUUUGUUAACUAAUGGACAUUUGGACUCAUGACGUGGCUUUAAUAUGAACGGUUAAAGCCCCAGAAUAGCUCUCCCGGCUUCAACAAUGCGUGCAAAUUUUGCAAUAGCGGCAUACGUCAUCAUGAUUAUAUAUGAGGGGUUUGGCCGUUGAUGAUAAUACUGCAGAUAAUGGUUGCGACUCUUGCUGUAAGCUUAUGGCUUCACGCGAGGGUUAAUCGUUGGACUUCUAUACAGACCAGGAAUUUUGCUAAGACGCCAUUCGGAAUAAGAAGACAUACUGUGUGCAAAACUCCCUGUCUCUGUGCGAAGCCAACAUUAGCUAAAAAAAACCUUGGAUUUACUGUCUCUCGCUUAUCGUCUGCUUCUGCUCCUACUAAAAAAACUAGUAUCUCUCUCGUGCAUCCAGUAUCUCUGGUUCCCCACGAAAGCAGCUUUGUACAGGUGUAAAGGUUGGUAUUGACUGAUCUGUUAGGAAUUUUAAAUCACCUAAUUGCCUUUAAAUGACGGCUAUAUAAGGGAGACUAACGACUGAUCCUAACCAAUGUUAAUUUCCGUACAUUUAAGACCCUUCCCCCUCUUGAGCUCACCGCUUUCCUUUUUCUUCCUGCAUAUACUUGUAUAUGUAGCCCCUUCAAAACCUGACCGAGGAUGAAGAAGUCCGAGUGUCGAACAUUCUAAGCACGCUUCGAGAGAAGGUUAGAACGCAGCGCAUCCAGACCUACCCGAUUUUCCGAGACUAUGACACGGUAAGAACCUGCGUAUUGAUUUUAUGUUAAACAAAAUGUUGACAAUCGAUUUGCCAGACUUUCAAAAUUAUAGCAUACUUUGCCAGAACAGCGCUUCUAUUGUUGUUGACUUUCUUCUGCAGCAACUCACCAGAAGAAACCGAACAUCUCUUCUCGCAUAAGUCAGAAAGCCGAGGUGGAUUUUUACAAAUAUCCCAAAUGACUCGAAUUUAGAGUAAAUGAGUUUACCGGACAGUUACUUGUCUCACUGGCUUUUAAGACAAGCUGAAAACUUCAACUGAGAGCAAUUUCACUUCCGAAAAUAAUAACAUUCGAAUCCGAGGCUCUCUUUAGAGUUCUAUGUAUUUAGAACUCUCAGCAACUUACUACGCACUAAUUCUUAAAAUAUUUCCAAAUGCAACGAGUUUCUUGUAAUUUGUCCUACGCGUAGACUGUCACGCUAUAUACCACAAACCCGGUUAAGAAUAGACCAUCGCUGUCCUUCAGCGGUCUUCUUCAAUUUUGACUAUUCUCUGUCUGUUUCGAUCAGGUUACUUUCGUUUUGCCAGCAGAAUGUAAAUCGAAAAAGGCAUUCUAGCCUCAGUGAUGCUAUCUUUUUCCCACCGAACUUCUUCCUGGUGUCAUUACAGGAAUUUAUGUCUAUUUCCUGCAGAUCAAACCUGACCGCGCUUAUAUUUGGACGGUUUUUAUUCAGACUACAAUUAAUAAAUUACCUGAAAUUCCAUUAAAAAUCUGUUUGAAAUGCCUCCCGUUGAAGGCAGAAGCAUGUCCUGGCUCCGCAUAGGCGGAAUGAGAAUGCGCAGCUCCUUCCAUCUAGCCGAAUUCAUUGUGUAAUUAUUGCGUCUUCGCAACGUUCGCCUUCAGAGUACUGCUCUCACACGAACAAUGACCCCAAUGCAAAUGAGCCGAGCACUGCAUUUCCUCAGGUUGAAUGUCGGAUCCGAGGAUUGUCGUCUGUUAGCCAAGAAGUUUGCCGACCCGGUUACCAAGUAUGUCAAUUAUGCGGCCCUCUGCGAAGCCAUCGACCCUAUGUUCCAGGCGUCCGCCCCCGUCAGAGAUGCGACUCAUGAAAUUGAAGGGGAUGCUGGUCCGCCACCGAAGAUUGGUGACUUUGUAAAACCAGCACAGCGAUGUGAUUGGGACGCUGUAUCCACGCCGAUAGCGAAGUCGUGCGGAGAUUCGGCCGACCUCGAGACACUGAUGGCGCGCAUACGUCAUCUUGUCUUAGUAAAUCGCAUUCGACUGAAGGGGUUUUUCGAAGACUUUGAUCCCCUCCGGAGCGGACGAAUUACAAAGGACCAGUUUAUGCGGGCCCUCAGCAACGCUAGCAUAAACAGAAUAGGUCUGCACGAUCUUACACCUGCCCAGUGCAAUAAGCUGCUCGAAAAUUACAUAUCCUCGGAGGAUCCAAAAACCGUACGAUGGCUGGACUUUGUGAACGACGUGGAUACUGGUUAG